GUGCUCUCGACGCGUUAAUCUGAUGGUGGUUGAUUUUCUUGUUCUACAUCUUCUCCGUAUUUUAGUUCGUGCCAACCUAUCUCUUCGCAUUCGUUCCUUUAGACCUCUGCGCUGGCGCUGCAAUGUACCAGAUAGACAAAACGAAAAAGGGUCGUUCUUUAUCUUCCGCCGCUCGAACACUUCUCUCUGUGGAUGACUCAGAUGCCGCCGCCUUAAUGCCUGCUAUCAGCGCAGAAAAAAUAUCCACCACUAAAACGACUUCCAAGAAAGCGUUUUCUAAGACAAAAGAUAAAGCAAAGGCGACCUCCAUCAGGCCCGUUCGUGUUGCGGACUACGACUCCCAGGAGAUUACGAACGUACCGAAUCCUGUACCAGACACUGGCCUUCCUCCUCCCAGCGAUAAUAUAGUAUAUUUCACGCCGCCGCCAAUUACUGCAUCUCCUUCGGUAAGCCAUCAGUCCCAGGAGUAUCACGCUGCAGCGACCACUGGAAAGUCCAUCAGCGCGAGUUCUGUGUCAACCUUCACCCCAUUGCCACCACUACUCUCUCUUGAGCCUACACAAACCUCGGACAAUGUGCAUGCUAUCGUAAUAACGUCUAUUCCUUCUCGGACGAGUUCAACUCAGUCCCACAAUGCAGUUCAAUCAGCCCAAGUCCAACAUCCCUCGCCAUUGCACCAAAUCUCAAAACCGGCAAUCAUUGCACUCUCUGUUGUUGGAGGUGUCGUAUUACUGGGGGUAUUCGUCGUGAUAAGGCUUUUGAGACGUCCCCGCCGCCGCAAGUGUCCAACACCCUCUCUCCCCAUUCUCCAGGAUGGUGCCUUCCCAGACCACUUUGAGAGCGAAGGAUCCGGAUCUCCGGUUUUUGGAGGCAAGGAACGAUUCUCGCCCUCGCUGAGGGGUGCACGAGGAAAUACUGGGCUCUGGACAUGGACUCAGUAUCACUCCGGAAUUCCAAAGCCGGCGCCAACUGUUACAGUCUCAAAGUCAACGUCAGGCGAAUCCGUGAAAGGAUCAGGCAGUCAAGAGAACUUGCUUGCCGAGAAAAGGACCUCUUUUGGUGGGCAAGACCAAUACCCUUUCACUGGGCAAGGCAACUUUGGACAAAGGACCCAACCGCCUCUGCAGCCUAUCCAGAAUGCAAUAACUCGCGCGGUCUCUCGGCUCUCCACUGUCUCUAUGUCUCUUUACCCGAACUCGCCGGCCAACACUACAUACUAUGGCGCGACGAACGUAGGUGUAGCCAUAGAGAGCACAGCGCCUCUGACAGGCGAUGGACAAACUAUGACACGUGCAAAGGACAGAGUUGCGGCAGGACGCGCGCGCAAUAGCAUGGUCGCUCCUCCUAACGCCAAGGAUGCCUCCUCGCUGCGACGCUCCCAAAGCUAUGCCUAUGGUGGAAUGGAUACUACCCCAACCUCACCUAGAUCCGGGAGAAGCACGCAGAACGUGGGCCGUACACGCAUCAAAUCAACAUACUACACGCCUGGUUCAUAUCCUCGCGCCUCUGCAGCUCCUUCGGCAUGGUCAAAAGACCGUGGACAGCAAGAUGGCCCCCACCCUGAUCGCACUCAUGAUUUACAACGUUCUGAGUCUCAUCGAGGCCGUGAGACACAGGCGCUAACCUGUGCUCUUGGACUAGCUUCGCCUGUCCCGCCAUCUCCACAUCCAACGCUGUACCCGGACGAUUCCAUGAGUGUGAUCGGAGAAGGAAAGAAGGUCACCGUGACAGGCACGCGCAGUCACAAAAAACCAGUUCCCAAAGCUAUGCUCGAUUACGACAAGUCAUCUUCACCUGACUCUGCAGCGCUUGGAAGUUUGAUGAUGGUGGACUUCGCGGCGUCAAAGUCGACUGCAUCACUGGUAAACAUACGUCCGUGCGAAGCGGCUAGGGAGACGCGUGAGGCGCAAUCCCAGGGAGUGCAGUGUUCCGGGGGGUCCGGCCAACCAAAGACGAGCUCGAAGAAGAGAGUGGAGGACAGACCACCGCGUGUUCCAUCACCUCCACCGUUGCCAUCACUUGCACAGAUGGCACUUGCUCACGCGAACCCUGAAGCAUACGCUGACUACCACAGCCCGACAUACAGCAUCUAUGGGUUGUAUGAUGGGGAUAGGAAAAGUCGCGGAACAUCAUUUGGAUGCUGAUUUAGAUUGAUUCGGGCACAAACUAUACGACAUACUGUCACCUACUGUAGUUUUGUAUGAGAUUGUAACUUGGCAAGGUCGACUUAC